GCUGCAAUUCUCCCAUUUCGACAGACAAGAAAGAGCUUGCAGACCGAUCACAUCUACUGUCUCCAGUUUCUUUCUUUGAAACAGGUUGAAUCGGUUGUUCAUUAAAGCUGCCAAGAUGGUUUUCAGAGUGAGAAAAUGCAGGCUUCAACUUUUAAAACUAAUGAGUAUAACAGCAAUUGCUUUGGUCUUCAUCCUUUUAUGGAAUUUAUCUGGAUUUUCCUUCUGUCGUCAAGAGCCAAGCCUUUGUGCCUGUCACAAAUGUCUAACAGACAGUGAUCCUUGGUUUAAUUACCUUAUCAAUGAAGCACCUAAACCCUUUAUGUCACUGAAACAUAAACCCUCAGAGGAAGAUUUCAACUGGUGGAAGCUCUUGCAGCGGGACAAACAAAACUUCACUGUCUACAAUAAAACACUAGAAAGUGUGUUUCAGACGAUAACACCAAUUGCAGAUGUUGAAGAACCUCGCCCGGAUCGCUGCAGGAGUUGUGCUGUGGUGGGAAAUUCUGGAAAUUUGAGAGGAUCACAUUAUGGGCCAAUGAUAGAUGCCCAUGAUAUCGUAAUAAGAAUCAAUCGUGGGCGUACCAAAGGCUAUGAAACAGAUGUUGGAAGCAAAACAACUUAUCAUGUCAUGUAUCCAGAAAGUGCAGCUAGAUUGGAAAACACCACUAGUCUUUUGUUUUUUCCAUUCAAAACAUCUGACUUUUUGUGGCUUCUCAAGGCCUCAAAUCCCAGACAAAAUGGUACCCGAAACUCUAAGAUGAUAGCUAACAAGGAUUUGAUGAUGAUCCUUCAUCCAGCUUUCAUGAAAUAUGUUCAUGAAGUUUGGCUGAGAAGGAAGGGUGCUUAUCCAUCCACUGGCUUUCUUACGGUCGUUCUCAGCUUACUAAUGUGUGAUGAGGUCAGCGUCUUUGGGUUUGGAGCAGACAGUGACGGAAACUGGAGCCAUUACUUUGAAAUCCUCCGAAACAAAAAAAUAAAAACUGGAGGCCAUCCUGGACAAGAAGAAUAUAAAAUGAUUGAUAAACUGCACAAACGCAAGAAAAUAUAUUUUUUUAAAGGAUGGUAAUGGUUUUUUUGUUUGCAUUUCUCUUUAUAUCAUUAAUAAAUAAGAAUAUAUAAAAUGUAUUAUUUUCUCCCAAGUCAUGGCAGUCAGGUAUUUCAACUGACCGCAUCAGCAACUAUUUACAUAUUUUCCAAACUCAAACUACUUUUUGUUUGCCUCCAAAAUCUAGGGUUAGGGCUUUUAUUCAGAGCAAGGGUUAUGGUUGUCAGUGACGAAGUCUUAGACCAAGAAAGAAAGAAUUGAUGCUUGUUGCUAAAGGGUUAUUGGAUAUAUUCUUCAGUCAGAUUGCAUGCUUCCUUUCCAAAGAUAAGUUUGGAAGUCUUUCUAUAACCAGAUGUGCCUGAGAACAGUGCUUUUGACCUGUGUUCUUUUUGGGUGUUCCAGUUUUGCUUAUUUUGCUUAUUAACUUUUGAUAGGAUACACUUGUGUGUUUAUGUAUAAUACAGUCACACACCA